AUACGUCACGGAUCUGGGCGUGGUCUCCGAACUACUUCCGCCUGAAUUCCUGCGUCAACUUCACUCUCUGGUCCCGCAGAAAACACGUUUUUUAUCCGAAGAUGUUUUUCGCUAAGAAGUUUAUCAGCGGCAUCAUUGAUGUUGUCAGCAACAUCGACCCGGAGCAGUUCGUGCCGUCUGAACCGCCUCCGCCCCGCCGGCCGGUCCAGUACGCUGAGCAGUACGAGAGUGAAGAGGAGAAACAGUUCAGGAGAGUCUUCCAGCAGCUGGCAGGAGAGGACAUGGAGGUGAGCCCGUCCGAGCUGAUGAACAUCCUGAACCGGAUCAUCUCCAAACACGGAGACCUGAAGACGGACGGCUUCAGCAUCGAGAACUGCAGGAGCAUGGUGGCCGUCAUGGACAGCGACAGCACCGGGAAACUGGGCUUCCACGAGUUCAAGCAGCUCUGGAACAACGUGAAGAAAUGGCAGGGCGUCUACAAAACCUACGACACAGACGGAUCCGGCGUGAUCGGAGCUGACGAGCUGCCCAGCGCCUUCCAGGCCGCCGGGUUCCCUCUGAACCAGGAACUCUUCCAGAUGAUCAUCCGCAGAUACAGCGAUGAAAACGGGAACAUGGACUUUGACAAUUACAUCGGCUGCCUGGUCCGGCUGGACGCCAUGUGUCGUGCCUUCAAGACUCUGGACAAAGACAACAACGGAACCAUCAAAGUCAACGUCCAGGAGUGGCUCCAGCUGACCAUGUACUCCUGAACCCGGGACGUCGCCGCCGCUUCUGCCACUAAUAUCUUUAUUAUUCACAUUUAUCACAGAUACAAAUGUUUGUUUUUACUCCCCUGAUGGAAACGGGUUUAUACUGGUUUAUACUGGUUUAUACUGGUUUA